UCACGUUCGUUGUAAUUUCUCAACAUUGGCCAUUAGGUCACCGAGGCUUAUCCAGAACCAGGACAGUGUGAUGCCCGAGGUUCUGAGGCUAGUAUGGACUACAGUACAUUUUGUGUCAACAGUUUGAUACAAGGACGUGAAAACUAAAGGAUUUAAAAAAAAAAGUUCAAGAGGUACAAUACUUCCCUGCCAUCUUCCAACAGUAUUACCAGGCUGUAUAUGUUCAGUUUAUAAAGCUGAGGGUAACUGACGGUUGAGUAUGUUAGAACAGUAUUGAUGUAGUACUCUUAUUUAAAAAUUAAAGUGAUUAUAUAUGUAUGAGGUGGAAGUUAUACCCAGUUUAGUACAUUAAUACAGUACAGUAUAUUAAUAAUUAUGUUACUCUGAUAUAAAGCAUUUAUCUGAGAUGAUCCUUAAUAUGAAAUAUAGUACUAUAGUCUACUCUUCAGUCUUAAUUAUUGAUGUAUGUACUUUGUAAAUGUAUGUUUUGUAUUGUAAUAUUAAAUCAAUAAGCAGUGUAUACAUUGUUCACAGAUGUGGAUGAAUUGUUUUGAUAAACACUACAAUGAACUUUGUUAAAUUGAGCAAUUUUGCAAUUGGUUAGUCAUCCAGUAACUGUGGGAAAAUUUAUACCUUCAGAAUUAAUGCUUUAAAAUUUUUACUAGUGGGCUUAACUCCAACACUCUUAUAAAUUCAUUUCCAACAAUGGCAAAUAAAACUAAAGUGAAGUGUAAAGAAUGUGGAAAAAAAUUUGAGCGCAAGUUCAACUUGGCGAGACAUAUGGUGGUCCACAAUGGUGACAGUUCUAUUAAGUGCAAAAUAUGUGACAAAUCUUUUCAUGCUAAGUCUGAUCUAACUCAGCACAUGAAUAAGAGUCACUCUGGCGACAGUGAAACCAUCCAGUCACCCCAACUGGUAGACAGUUACAGAAAUAUCAAACCUAAGUGUAGCGAAUGUGGUAAGACUUUGGCUAGCGACUGGCAUCUUAGCCGGCACAUGAGGAGCCACGCAAACAUUGAAUAUAAGUGUGAUGAGUGUGGGAAGGUAUUUCUAUCCAAUUGGAACUUAACACAGCAUAUGAAGACCCACACUAAUUUCAAGCCAUUCAAGUGUUCUGAAUGUGAGAAAGGAUUUAUUGAUAAUGGAUCCUUGAGAAGACACAUGUUUAAACACACAGGUGAGAAGCCUCACAAGUGCACAGAAUGUGGCAAGUCAUUUGCAAUUAUACAGCGCCUAAAUUUGCACAAGAAGACCCAUGCAAGUGAUAGGUUCAAGUGCAGUGAAUGUGAUAUGGUCUGUGAUACCAAGAAGGAUCUUGUUCUACAUAUGAGGAGUCAUACAGGUGACAAACCUCAUACGUGUGAUAUCUGCGGAAAGUCUUAUGCCAUUGUAUCACGAUUAAAUCUGCACAUGGCCACCCACAGUGGUGAUGCUCUGUAUGACUGUAGCUUCUGUGGUAAGUCUUUUGCCACGAAGGUUCACAGGAGUCAGCACAUACGCACCCACAUAAAAUAUAACAGACCUCACACAUGUCGUGAAUGUGGAAAAGCAUACACAACAAAGUGGCACCUCGACCAACACAUGAAGACUCACUCAAACAACAAAUACCCAUGUAGUGAGUGUGGAAAAGAAUUUAAGACUAAGUGGCGGCUAAGAAAACACAAGAUCACUCAUACCCCUGACAAACCUUUCAAGUGUCAAGAAUGUGAUCAGUCAUUCCCCACUAAUUGGUAUCUUAAUCAACACAUGUACAUCCACACUGGGAACAGUCCGCAUAAGUGUGACUUAUGUGACAGAACAUUUUCUUUUGGCCAUUCUCUUAUACGGCACAUGAAGACUCAUUCAGAUGACAAGCACACCAGAAGCAAGACAACACCUCAUGAAAAGUCAUCUGUGUCUCUGAAUGCUGAUGAUUCAGAGGACAGCGGAAGAUAUAUUGAUUAUUCACCAUCAGGAAAUGGUGAAUUUUCUGACUCCAAUUCAGAUGACAAUUGUGAAGACCCAAGACCAAUAUCUCCUAAAGAGCCAUCCUUGCCACUAAAUGCUGAAGAGUCAGAUGAUGAUGGAAGGUUUGCAGAUUAUUUACCUUCAGAAGAUGAUGAAAUUAUUGACCCAAGUUUGAUUGAUAAUUCUCAAGAGUUGAAACCCAUUAAGCAGGAGAUAGAUAUGUGUGCAUUUAUGUGUGAACCAAUUAUAAAAGAAGAAAAGGAUAUUGCUGACAUUUAUAUAAAGCAAGAACAUUAACGAUAGUAAUUUGAAGAACAUUAAAAAUAUUACUUUUUCCAUACUCUGCACUCUGUGGGUAAAUAAACAAAGGAGAUAUUGAGGAAUCUUAAUGGUGUAAAGGGGGCAAGAGAGGACCUGUUUCGUAAACCAAAGUAAAUAAAGUGUACUGUAAUGUAUUGUACCUACCAGGUAGUUGAUGUUACCUUGACAGUACCAAAGGACAGGUAUUAAUAUCAGAAGACAGCAUACAGGGUGGUUACCUUUUCUGAACUCACCCGGGUGCUGUCUGUUCAAGCUGUUUCAUGUCAGCAAAGUAAAUGAUCCCAAUUGGAUAGAGUUUGUGUGACCAAAAACUACCAACUCUGUAGUAUCCUUACAAAUUAUGAAAAAUACAGAUCCCAAAUCCCCCCUCUGCUCAAAUAGCAACAGCUCUUACAACACUUCAGUAUACUGCUUCCAGACACUUCCUCAAACUUUACCAAGAUGGUUUGACUACACCAGCACAACCCAUCUGUUCCUAAUGUGUAAUCAACAUUCCUCUGAAAUAAUUUUCCUUGAAACAAUUCACCAUCUGUUGUUGCUUCAUCCAGCUGGGCAGUUGAUGACUCUGGAGUGGCAAUACCCUAUAUCUCCAAUGUUGUAAUAAAAAUAAUUACAGUACA